AUGCCGAUGCCCAUGGCGCCCAUGAUGGCGCCCGCCAUGAUGUACGGGUACCCGGCCGCGGGCUACCCGCCGCCCUACGCCAGCGCCUACCCGUACUACCACCCGCAGCCGCCGCACCCCGUCGGCUCGCCCUACGGCUGGCACGGCUUCCACGGCGGGUACGGCCACCACGGCCCCUACGGCCACCACGGCUACCACCACCACGGCUACCACGGCUACCACGGACACCCCAUGCACCACCCGUUCCACUAG